GUCUUCCCGCGCUGGUCUCCAGUUCCCGGUUGGCCGUGUGCACAGACUUCUGCGCAAAGGCAACUACGCCGAGCGUGUCGGUGCCGGAGCCCCGGUCUACGUGGCCGCCGUUCUCGAAUAUCUGGCCGCUGAGGUCCUCGAGCUCGCAGGCAAUGCAGCCCGCGACAACAAGAAGACCAGAAUCAUCCCACGUCAUCUAAAUUCGUUAUGCUCUACUGUUGAAGAGUGUCUUCAGCAGAUAGGGACGGUUAGUUACACGCCACAAUUAAGCAAAACGCAAAGUCUAAAGUUCCCAAAUUUGUACAGUUUUGUUAAGCGCACACUGGAGGAUCAUUCUGUACAUUAG